GUAAAGCCGCUGUUUCCCUGCGCGAUGAGGAGACAUAAUGUUGCAUUAAAUUGUAUUUACCACGGUCAGCGGGAGAUAAAUAUCGCAUCGCCCGGUGUUUAACAAGAAUUAUGCUUAGAUUAUGUUUUUUCCUACUAGCUAGUUGCAAGUCAGGUGGUGGGCUGGGCGGAGGCUGUAACAAUUCGCCGGGUGAUUUGAUGUAUUAUGUAGAGAAAUCAAGAACAGAAUACUUCUUUAUAUUUAAAUGUGCUUUCAGUUCCUCGUGUUUACCACGGCGUUUGUCGUUUAUUAAAGCACGUGCAACAACGUGAUUUUGUGAAGACGAUUGUUGGUUUGAGUUGAGAGACAUUGUCAUCCUCUAUCCUCGUUUUACUUGCAUUGCAAUUUCUAAUUUUUUAGUCUUUAACAUCAGCUUUUAUCACCUUCAAUGAAAAAAAAUCACCUGGUUAUUCUAACUUAAAUGUCAAUAGUUCAAUUAGAAAAUAAUGAACUAUUUAAUGCGUUAGUGUAUACAGUGUAAUGUGAGUAGAAUAAAUGAAUUAAUGUAAAGAUCUGCCAUGUUGUUUGUAUAAUUAAUGUGAAAAGUUGUAACAGGCUCUUGCAACCGUUACUUUUCUACAGAGCUCAUGUCAUGACAUUUCCUUUCUUUAUCUUCACACCUCAGCUUUAAAACAUACGCAUAUGUGCCAAAACACUAUAACUACAUCAGUGGUUGUUAACGUUUGUAACUCCUUUAAACACUGUAAGAAUCCUUCGCAAAUGUUUUCAAACAUUGUAAUGUUAUUGUAUUAAUUGUCAUCUUUUUCAGUGCGUAAUACCAAGGCCAUCGCAGUUGCGUACAAUAGUAUCAUCUCUAUUUUAAAGUCUAUUAUUCGUCAUGAAUUUUACAAAAUUUCCUGAUUCCUCAGAAAGUGCAUUAUUUCGUGUUGAUUUGAUUGUGAAAUUGAUGAGGUGUUGAUUCAUGUAACUACUUUCAGAUGACAAGCACUAAGCAGGUUAUUGCUCUCUAGGGUUUUCUCGCAUUUGAUUGGCUUUUGAGCUUUUUAAAUACUUUAUGAGACCUAUUUGGACAUCUCUUUUGUUGCUGACUGCUAAGGAAUCUCAAUUCUUAUAUCCAUGCAAAAGGCAAAUGGUUCACAUAUUAAACCGAAAGCAUGCUAAUCCUUUGCUUACAAAACAGGCUUAAUGGUUUGCAAUGACUAGGGCAGGCCUUUUUUACUAGGAGUAAAUUGUAGUUUUUUAUUAUUUUGACAAAUAACAUUUUGAACAAAGGUCAGUUAAAUUUUUCUUCCUGUGCUAAUGUGGAGCAAGUGUAAAAUGUUGCCUCAGCAUUCUGGGGAGACGCCAGCUGAAAUAAAUUCAGAGGAUAGGAAGGAAGCUGCUGUGUUGUGGAAUGUAGGUUAAGGUUAAGCUGUAAAAUCCACCAGAUACAGAUCAAAGGCAAUGGAAGAAUUACUGAAUUCAUUGUACAAAGUAAUUUUAAGGUUUGAGUGUAAAUGAAACUGUCCUCGAGAUGACAUGUGAACUCCUGGGUUUUUGGUUAUUGUAAAUUGGACCCCGUUGAAGUGAAAGUUUUUACAUGAAAUUCUAAAGAGAGUAUUUGCUCAUACAUCUAUAUAAUAGUCUUUGAUUUUAACAUGUUAGAGGUGUUUCAAUACAUGUUGUAUUUUUGUAUUCUGAUAUAUCGUUAUCGUGCCACAACGUAUCUAUAUAUUACACCCCAUCUGUCUCUCAUCUGUGUGUGCUUGGGACGCUCUUCCAUUUGCUCAGCACUGUCUGUGUCAGCAGAUUUGUUAUUUGAAAUGGUUUUGUCCUUCUCUUUCAUGGUAUUUCCUACUCUUUCACUUCCCUUUUGCUUGACUCGUCAUACUUCUUAUUCAUUUUGCUUAUGUCUAUCUCAAUCACAUCCCCAACUCCUUUUCCCUUAUCUUUAUCUCACUUUUCCUCACAUGCUUGUUCCCGUUUGACCCUUCACCGCAUCAUUUUUCUUUCCGCAGAGGAGGUGCAGAAAUUGCAGAAGCACCUUGCUCUGCUCAGGCAGGAGUAUGUGAAGAUGCAACAGAAGCUGGUGGAAACGGAGAGGCGGUGCUCCAUAUUGGCCGCCCAGGCCUCUCUUCCAGGCUCCACCUCCCAGGCCAGCGACUCCUUCAUCAGCCGCCUGCUGGCCAUUGUGGCUGACCUCUAUCAGCAGGACCAGUACAGUGAUUUAAAGGUGAAGAUCGCAGAGAAGAGGCUCAGUGCUCAUAAGUUUGUGCUGGCUGCUCGGAGUGAGGUCUGGAGUUUGGCCAACCUUGCCUCAACCUCAGAACUGGACCUCUCAGAGGCCAAACCAGAAGUUGCUAUGGCGAUGCUGCGAUGGGCGUACACAGAUGAUCUUGAGUUGAACGGGGAUGAUGGUUUCCUUAUCAACCUGAUGAAGUUAGCUAACCGCUUUCAGCUCCAGCUCUUGAGAGAAAGAUGUGAGAAAGGUGUGAUGUCAUCAGUGAAUGUGAGGAACUGUAUCAGAUUUUACCAGACAGCUGAAGAGCUGGACGCCACAACAUUGAUGAACUAUUGCGGAGAGAUCAUUGCCAGUCACUGGGACGAUCUUCGAAAAGAGGACUUUAGUACCAUGGAUGCUCAGUUGCUCUAUAAGAUGAUCAAAUCCAAAACAGAGUACCCCCUUCACAAAGCUAUUAAAGUGGAAAGAGAAGAUGUGGUUUUUCUUUAUCUAAUAGAGAUGGACAGCCAGUUACCUGGGAAGCUGAACAAACUGGACAAUAAUGGUGACUUGGCGCUGGAUCUGGCUCUGUCCAAGAAACUGGAGAGCAUCGCCACCACACUGGUGAACAACAAGGCAGAUGUAGACUUGGUGGAUCAGAGUGGCUGGAGUCUUCUACACAAAGCUAUCCAGAGAGGGGAUGAAUUUGCCGCCACGUUUCUGAUCCGUCACUCCGCGCAGGUGAACGCAGCCACGGUGGGGGCAGUGGAGACGCCUCUGCACCUGGUCUGCUCCUUCAGCCCCAAAAAACACAGCGGAGAAGUCAUGGCUGGCAUGGCCCGCAUCGCCGAGGCUCUGCUCAAAGCAGGCGCCAACCCAAACAUGCAAAACAGCAAAGGAAGAACGCCUUUACAUGAGGCUGUGGUGUCUGGAAAUGAGCCCGUCUUUAACCAGCUCCUUGAAUGCAAACAUUUGGAUCUGGAGUUGAAGGAUCAUGAAGGCAGUACCGCACUGUGGUUGGCCCUGCAGUAUAUCACCGUGGCCUCUGACCCCUCUGUGAACCCUUUCGAGGACGAGGCUCCCGUUGUGAAUGGAACGUCAUUUGAUGAGAACAGCUUUGCAGCCCGGCUCAUACAGAGAGGAAGCAAUCCUGAUGCUCCAGACUCCAAAGGGAACUGCCUCAUGCAGAGAGCUGCUAUUGCGGGAAGCGAAGCAGCCGCCAUCUUUCUGGCCACACAUGGAGCUAAAGUCAAUCACACUAACAAAUGGGGUGAGACCCCGCUUCAUACGGCGUGUCGCUGUGGGCUUGCGGGGCUGACAGCAGAGUUGCUCCAGCAGGGUGCCAAUCCUAACAUGCAGACCGAAAGCCCGCUGCCUGACGGAGGGGAGAAGAGCCAAGGUGUCUCCCUGCAGAGCCCACUCCACCUGGCCAUCGUUCACAACAACCCUGAUGUGGUGUCUGUCAUUCUAGAGCAGAAAGCCAAUGCACUACAUGCCACCAACAACCUGCAGAUCAUCCCAGACUUUAGUCUCAAAGACUCCAUGGAUCACACUGUAUUAGGUCUUGCACUCUGGACUGGCAUGCACAAUAUUGCUGCACAGCUUCUGGGUUCUGGAGCAGCUAUUAAUGACACCAUGUCUGAUGGACAGACACUACUGCACAUGGCCAUUAGGAGACAGGACAGCAAGAGUGCCCUUUUCCUGCUAGAACACCAAGCAGAUAUCAAUGUCAGGACACAAGAAGGGCAGACUGCCCUACAGAUGGCCAUAAGUAACCAGCUCCCAUUGGUGGUGGAUGCCAUCUGCACCAGAGGAGCAGAUAUGUCGGUAGUGGAUGAGAAGGGUCAUCCACCACUCUGGUUGGCUCUUGAAAAGGGUCUGGAAGACAUCGCCUCCACACUGGUCAGACAUGGCUGUGAUGCAACCUGCUGGAGUUCAGGGCCUGGAGGAUGUCAGCAGACUCUACUCCAUAGAGCCAUUGAUGAGAACAAUGAGGUUUCUGCUUGCUUCCUCAUACGCAGUGGCUGUGACGUAAACAGCCCCAGGAGGCCCGGUCCUAACGGUGAGGGAGAUGAAGAGGCGAGGGACGAACAGACCCCUUUGCAUCUGGCUGCAUCCUGGGGUCUGGAGGAGGUAGCACAGUGCCUUCUGGAGUUUGGAGCCAAUGUGAAUGCACAGGAUUCAGAGGGCCGUGCUCCCAUCCACAUCGCCAUUAGCAACCAGCACAGCAUCAUCAUCCAGCUGCUCAUCUCCCACCCUGAGAUCCGUCUGAACAUUCGAGACAGACAGGGCAUGACACCGUUUGCCUGUGCCAUGACCCACAAGAAUAACAAAGCCGCUGAAGCUAUUCUCAAGAGAGAAUCCGGUGCUGCUGAACAGGUGGACAACAAAGGGCGGAAUUUCCUGCACUGUGCCGUUCAGAUCUCGGACAUAGAGAGCGUGCUCUUCCUCAUCAGUGUACAGGCCAACGUCAACUCUAGAGUUCAGGACAGUGCCAAACUCACACCGCUGCACCUGGCCGUGCAAGCAGGAUCUGAGAUCAUUGUCAGAAACCUGCUCCUGGCUGGUGCUAAAGUGAACGAACUGACCAAACAUCGACAGACAGCACUGCAUCUUGCUGCACAACAGGAUCUGUCCACAAUCUGCUCUGUCCUGAUCGAGAACGGAGUUGACUUCGCCGCCAUUGAUGAGAAUGGAAACAACGCACUCCAUCUGGCAGUGAUGCAGGGGCGUCUCAAUAAUGUACGAGCUCUUCUUACCGAGUCCAACAUAGAUGCAGAGGCAUACAAUCUCAGAGGUCAAUCACCCAUGCACGUCCUCGGCCAGUAUGGGAAAGAGAACGCGGCAGCCAUCUUUGAGCUGUUUUUGGAAUGCAUGCCCGAGUAUCCCCUGGAUAAACCGGACAAUGAGGGGAACACAGUUAUUUUUUUAGCCUAUAUGAAAGGAAACGCUAACUUGUGCCGUGCCAUCGUGAGGGCUGGUGCUCGACUUGGUGUCACUAACAACCAGGGCAUCAACAUCUUCAACUAUCAAGUUGCCACCAAGCAGCUUCUAUUUCGUCUGCUAGAUAUGUUGACCAAAGAGCCCCCGUGGUGUGAUGGAUCAAACUGCUACGAAUGUACAACCAAAUUUGGAGUCACCACCAGAAAACAUCACUGCCGUCAUUGUGGCCGUCUGCUCUGCCAUAAGUGCUCUAUAAAGGAGAUCCCCAUCAUCAAAUUUGACCUGAACAAACCUGUGCGUGUAUGUGACAUCUGUUUUGAUGUGCUGACAUUGGGCGGUGUGUCCUAACACAAGAAAAAAAGAAGGACGAGUACCAGUCAAGCCGAGCAUGAACCUACAGACUGGGCCACGAACUGAACCAGGAGGAGGGAGAGGAAGAGCCCUUGAGCAAAACCAUUCCAUUCUUGUCAGAGGAAAAAAUACAAUUAUAACUGUGUUUGUUCUAGCAGUAAUUUUAGAAGCAAACUAUUAUGUGUUGAGGAUACAUAUUAAACAUAACGGAAUUCAGAUUUAAAGCUUUUAUACAGGCUGUCAGUGGCAGAAACCAAGAUUGCUUUCACAUGAGAUGACAACCACAAUCUACUACUACAGAAGGAACAAUGAGCUGAGACCAUAGAGGUUUUAGAGAGGGCUAAUUGUGCUAUAAGAGGACUUAUUGAUUUAGUUAUUGCUUCACAUUUUCCAUAAGAAAUGUUUCUUGCCAUCAUAAUCCCAUGGCUGUUGUUUUUCGUUUUGAUUUACACCUUACACUGGUAUAGGAGGGAGAUAUGUAACCUCUAUCAAUUGAUCAUUUCAAAGAAGUCUUAGGAGCCAAGUACCCGAUGUGUGUGUGUGUGUGUGUGUGUGUGUGUGUGUGUGUGUGUGUGUGUGUAUUAAAUGCUGCUGGAUAUGAAGGGAUAUUAGGUAACCUUGUUAGUGUGAAGCCUCAAUCACGCUGUGCAGGGUCUCGCCUUAAAUUUUGAACACCUUUCCAUCUCUGCAAAGUAAUGCGCAGAGAAUGUAUAUUUCUCCGGAGUUCCAAUCAAAACACUAAGACGGGGAGAGAUUUUCCAUCUUGUGAACUGUCUUUCCUUAUGGGAGUACUGACUUGAUCAUUUAAUCAUUGAUUAAUCUGCAUAUUCAGUGGACUUUAUUUUAGCUGUUUACGUAAUACUAAAAUUUGUGAAACUCACAAAAUGUGAUGCAAAGGUUUUAAAGGGAUACUUUACCUAAAAAUGAAAAUGAUAUCAUAAUUACUCUAUCAUGUCAAACCUGAAUGACUUUCUUUAUUCUGCAGGUCACAAAAGAUAUUUUAAAGAUCGUUGGUAUUAAACAACAUUGAACCCCAGUAUACGUUUACAAACAAUAAUUUCUCAAAAUUUUUUUGUCUCUACUAAAGAAAGAAUCAUAUGCAGGUUUUGAACCACAUGAUGAUGAAUAAAUGACAGAAUUUUCAUUUUUUGGUGAACUGUCCAUUUAAGUGCAGAAUUGUGAAAUGCUUACUAUGCAUACACAUGACAUAAUUUGCUUGUAGCGUGUUUGUCAUUAAUGCAUUAAUAUGAUAUUAUGUUCAUUUCUGAUCACCAAAGGAUACAUUCCAGCUAAUGUUUGCCCUGCUGGCUCGCUCUGAGGGGCUGCUUGCUUGGUCGUUGUUUUCAAAUCUUCUCAAAAAUGUCACAUUUUAAAUGCUUUUUAUGCCCAUGCUUAACAGGUGCACUUUAUCAAAUUCAUUUUUUUAUGAUCAUAUUUUUUGUUUGUUUGUUUUGAGGGCCGAGUCCACAGUCUGUUAUGGUAUUGUUCAAUUGUACAGAUAUAUGUAUAAUAUUUUUGACCACUACAACUGUUUUGUACUUAACGCAGGUUGUGCUUUUGUCUAUGUGACAAACUAAAACUUUGGCCUCUGUUAAAUCUUUUCUGCACAUUGUAUGGUAUCUGUAUGCUCAGAUAUUUAGCCUGUCGCCGCCUCUAGUAUCCUUUUCAAGAAAGGGAGGACAACUUUACAUAAAGGACAACAAAAAUGAGUAUAAAAUUGUCGUUUCAUUUAAUAAACAAUUAAUUACAUUGUAAA